AUGGCAACAACUUUCCUGUACUCCGACAGCCUGACCAUUGCCGGAAUCUCCUUAAUCACCGCCAUUGUCUGCGAAGCCAUCUCAUGGCUCUUGAUCUACCGCCGCACCUCUUACAAAUCCCUCAAGUCCACCAUCGAUAAAGCCUCCAAGAAACUCGAAACCAUGAAAACGACUCCAACAACUGUAAAAACAUCCAAAGCGAAAAAGAUCAACCGGGUCGAAACCUCCCUGAAAGAUUCCAGCAGAGAUUUAUCCCUCUCCAAAUUCAAAUCUAGCGCCGUCGUUGCACUGGUUCUGGCUGUUGUCUUUGGGGUUAUGAACAGUCUGUAUGAAGGAAAAGCAGUCGGAAAGUUGCCAUUUGUGCCGGUGAGUAUUGUGCAGAAGAUGAGUCAUAGAGGUUUACGGGGAGACGAUCCGACGGAUUGUUCAAUGGCGUUUUUGUAUUUCUUGUGUUCGAUGAGUAUCAGGACGAAUUUGCAGAAGUUUCUGGGGUUUUCUCCGCCUCGUGGAGCCGCCGGCCUCGGUUUGUUUCAGGUUCCUGAUGCCUCCGACAUCAAUCAAUGA